UUAUAGCAUCUACUAUGUAUUUCAAAUUCAAAAGCGCACUUUUUACUUCAGGUACAGUGUUCUCCUCGCAUGUUGAAUGCAAAUAGAAAGGAAACCCCCAUGGAGUUCGCUAGUGAAGGAGUUUUUUUACCAGGACAUCAUGAAGCUGAGAUGUGCUAUGGAGGUGAAGCUGACUUACACAAGCACUAUACCGGCUGUAAGAAGAAUCCAGGUCAUGUCAACUUUAUACCUGUUAAUGAUUUUAACUUGGAUCAUCUCCCCCUCACGUUACCAUGACGUCAUCAUGUUGGAUCUAAUCAAAGCUUUGUCUGACCUAACGGUCCUGAUAAAGGUCAAAUACACCAGUUUAAAGAGACCAAAGUCUGUUACAAGCUUCAGUGGUCAGUAUCCAUUUUAUACCGCCAGAGGAAAUGACGUAAUAAGGACAGGGACGGGGAGGAUAAGUGUUGUGGAAAAAAACACAGAGAGUGACAUCAAGGGUACUUGUCCAUGUGGCAAGUGUCAACACACAGACACACCUAGCAAAAUGUGGGGGGAGGUUUAUGUGUGGACCGGCCAGACACGUGGUGUUUGAUGAGAGUGAGGCGAGACAGACCAGGUGUGUUGUAGGUUUUGAUGACAAUAAAAGUCCUGGGGUCAGUCUUGAUGGCUGGGGGGUGAAGUGGGCAGAUAUUGAGGGAGACUGGUGUAUGUUUACAUGUGUGUCAUGUGACUUAGAGUUGGUUGAUGAACUGGACAAGAUGUGUCAGCACUUUGUUGAUCUAUGUGUGAAAGUAUGGGACAAAUACGGGAGAUUUGCUGAUGUGGACAAGUUGACCAUUAUAGUGUCACAUCCUCAUGGCUGUCCUAAACAGGUCUCUGUAGGACAAUGGACACACGAACAUGAAAUGCAACCUAGCUGGACUAGGUACAACUUACACCACAAGCACAUGUCCUGGAAGUAGCGGUGCCCAUGUUUUCAUGCAACCUAUGGAAAAUUUAUUUGGCCAUACCCACAGUGGCUCAAAUAGCGAAGGUAAUUAUAGUAGUGAGUGGGUGACAAAGGAUAAGAAUAGACGUAGAAGCAAUGGUUCAACUUAUUGUUGAGCUUUUUUUUUAAAUGUAGACCCGAGCACUGCAAUGUAAAGCAUACGGUUUUAUAACGUAGGUUAGAUGUGAAUGUGUAAAAACCUGUCAGAAUAGUGAUGUUUCAUUAAAUGGUGGAGUCCACAUGGACGAAAAAUAAAUCAUUAUUUAUGAUAUUUACUCACCAAUGCUAAUUUGUAAUAACUUUUUACAUAAGAUUAUCUCUGUAAAUGAUUUCAUUUCUUGUAUUUUAAAAAUUGCACUAAAAUAUUUUUAGAUCUUAACUCAGUAAUCACUAUAAUAAAGUAAAAUAUAAGUCAACACCCAACAAGAUCAAUAAUGCUUUAGUUACUAAAGGUGUCACCCCCCCCCCCUCUAGCGAAAACAAAUCUGUAUAUAUGCCUAUACAUACAUGCAUAUAUGUGUA